GUGCAGCCGUCGCAGCCGCAUUGCUGCCAGAGCGCACGCAGGAACCUGACACAUUCGCUUGCACGCACGGAUCGACGUUGACGCCGGGUUGCAUCGGCACGGCUCAGCUUGCAUCAAUCAGCUGCUAUCUCUGCUGUGCUGCAGCAGUGCUAGAGCGACGCGCGGCAAACGACAGCCUAAAAAAACAUGGCCGAAUCCCCCACAAAAAAGACCAAAACCGAGCACCAGCCAGAAAAGCUAGUAACCGCCACGUCCAUCUGGGACGGCCUCCGCGUCGCCGCCGAGGGCCGCGAGCAAUCACUAAGAGGCGCGCUCGACGAGGAUUGUGAAUUAGGAUGGCUCGAAGACGACCGCGACGACGCGGUGGCGCACUUCGCGCGCAAGCCGUGGCUCGCGGCGAUGCUCCACGACUCGGAACGUAAUCGAGCCUACGCGCGCGCGAUUAAACAAGCAGCCGAGGCUGCGCCGGAGGGCUGCGUCGCGCUGGAAAUCGGCGCCGGCACUGGAUUAUUAACCCAGCUCCUGUGCAAAGAGGACCGAAUAGGUCAUGUGGUCGCGUGCGAGAUGGAGCCCGCUCUGUCAAAAGUCGCGACGGCGUGCGUCCGCGCCGGAGGUUUUGAAGAGGAGCGGUGUACAAUUGUAAAUGCGCGGUCCGACGCUAUUAGCCUUCCGACGCCGGCGUCGCUCGUGGUGGGCGACAGUGCAUAAAUCAAAUGUCGCGGCGCUCAUCUCGAUGGCGUGGUCACCGCUCGAUUUGCGCACAGGUUUGCGAGCUCGCGGACCACGGCUUGUUAGGAGAGGGCCUGUUGCCGACGCUGCGCGAGGUCCUCGCGAGCGGCACUGCAUCAAAAGACGCUACAAUCAUACCGUGCGGUGCGUACGUCGAGGCGGCGCUCUUCGAGGACGCGUCGCUCGCGAAACGGCGGGGCCCGGACAACUACAGGCGGCAGCGGUGCCGGGGCGGCGCGGCGUGUGCGCCGGCGCGGCUGGGUAACGCAAGGCGGCUCACGCCCUACGUGCGCGUCCUCGACCUGAGCUUCUCGAGCCCGCCGGCGCGCGGCGCGCAUGCCGGCGCGAAGGUCGAUCUACAAGUCCAAAAACGGGGCCGCGUCGACGCCGUCGGCUACCGCUGGCGCAUGGACCUGGGCUUCGGCGAGGGCGUGUCGAAUUGGGAGGACGCGGACGACUUCCAGGACCACUGGUGGCAGAUGGCCCAACCUUUGGACGCGCCCUUCGACAUCGGCCCCGGCGUGCCCUUCAGCCUGAAGGCGACGCACACGGACACGGACAUCGUCUUCGACGUCUUCUUCGACGCCGGCUUCGUGACGUCGGCGGCUGCUUUAUGUGCUUGCGGAUUACAUGUGGGAUAUUCCACAGGACGCCUCGCGUCGUUACCAAGCGACCACCGGGCCCUCGCGGCGUCUUGUUUGAGGGGCGACGACACCGCAGAAGUCUGGGACGUCGGCGACGGGGCCAUCUGCGCGCUCGCGUGCCUGCGCGCGGGCUGUGAUAAUGCGGUGGCCUGGUGCGCCGACGCGCGCGACGCGCUGCACGCAUCAAAUGUGGCGAGGCGCUUCGAAGUGGCCCUCUCCAUAUAUUCUGAUUUGAGUGAGGCGCCCUCGACCGACGCUGAAGUUAUUGUUCUGACGGGCGAGCCGUUCUACCACGACCUCGAGGGCCACCCCGUCGCUUGCGCGUUGCGCUUCUGGCGGCGAUGCGCUUUACUGAGGGAGCUCUUCGCGGGGCGGCGCGUGCGCGUCGCGCCGGGUCGCGCGGUCGUCGUCGCCGUCGCGAUCCGGUCCUCUGAUCUGUCAAAGGCGUACGCGCCGCUGCCGGACCGGAUCUGCGGGGUUGAUCAAAAAGCGGCGGCCGCGGCGUGGCGCGCGGCGCGGCGGGAGCUCGUUCCCAUUGAUUUAGAUGAGUACGAGUGCGACGUCGUCGCGGAGCGCGAGAUAGUGGAAUUCAAGUUGUCCGACGGGUUCCCGGCCCGGGCCAUCGAGGGCGAGGUGUCGCUGAGCUGCGCGGCCGACGCGGUCGGCCUCGUCGUUCGUUAUGAGGACGGCUUCGAGGGCUCCGAAAGCCGGUGCCUCGUGCGCUUCGACGCCGGGCCGCGGCUCCGCUACUCGCUGGGGUUGGACGGGCGCUGCCGCCUCGACGUCGUUUCUGGUUCAGACUAAGUUUUUUGUUGUGAUUGCGUCGAGCCGGCGGCUUCAAUUCAAGGGGAUGUUGGCUUCAUCGGCUCCCCGGGGUGACCAACAAGGGCAUUUGUGAGUGCCUCUGCGCGGCCGCAGGCUGCGUUUGCUGUGUGAUUCUAGGAGCUUGAGGCCGGGGGCCGCAAGUCGCAGCGCGCCCGGCCCGCGAUUGUGCAGCCAAACGUCGCCUAGGGCUCCAAAAUAUUGCGAGAGCUCACAAGCCACAGACCAGAUAUACGCGCCUAGCCAUUGAUCACUGCGCCAAACUCAUCGUUGGUUCGCACUUAACACCCAGGAGGAUCGUCAGCGCCAGCAGUCUGCAGCUGAAAGUGAGUUGAUAAUCUUGCGGCGCGAGGAUACUUCGGCGGUGGAGAACCCGUGUUUCCCAACGCGCACCAUGAGCGAUGUCUUGGUCGAGCGUGCCGAGAAGAUCGUCCCGCUCCUCGUGAAGUACCUCACGCGCACGGCCGCGAUCCCCCUCACCCUGAACCACACCGUCCCGCUCGAGCAUCGCCUGGACGCGGCGGCCCGGGGGUACGACGUCGAGGAGGCCCUGUGCGUGAGCGGGACGUGGGACUUGGACGGGAGCAACAGCGGGAGUCACGAUCCGGCGGGCGCGAAGUCGCGACGGACGCAGGAACGCCUCAAGGCGAUCGGCACGCUGCGGGCGGUGGCGCGGGCCUUUCGGGCCGCACUUAACUACGACGUUCAGGACCUCACGCUCCUCGCCCACUGGUCGCCGCCGGCGCGGAAAGCGACGUUUGACGGCGCUUCAUCGACGCGACGGUGCCACACAGGUCGCCACCGGUGGACGCCGCCGACCGGUUCCGGACCUGCGAGGUCCUAUCUAUCUACGCAUCGCGCGACGCCGACGCCGUGCCCGACGCGGUCCGCGCGCUGCCGAACCUGCGGGCGCUCUCGCUGGGACCGACGGUGCGGACGCCGCCCUGGCUCGCGGGGUUCUCGCGCCUCGUCGAGCUCGAGCUCGCGCGGCCGGUCGGAGAUAUUCCGCCGCUCCCAGCGACGCUGCGCAUCGCUCGCCACGUUUACGGGCCUUCAAAUCUCGACCACGUCCGCGGGCUGCCGCACCUGGCGGAGCUCGACAUAGGGGACCACCGCUGGCGGCCGUGCCCGAUGUGGCUCGACGAGCUGCGCCUCCGCGCCUUCGCGGCGACGAACGUCUCGAUCCCGGCCUUCGCCGAGGCCCUGCGCGGCAUGCCGCUGAUCCGGCUCAAGCUCGUGCGCGCCGUUCCGCCCGUGUGGAACUCAACCAGUGAGUUAGG